CUGCACAGGCUCUAAUGAAAACACAAAAGCUCACUGUAACACAGCUAUAAAAGCCCAUUUGCAAUGAGAGAAAUUUAAAAUAGUUUGCAACAGCACAAAAUAGCUGCAGAGAAAAAAGCAGAUAGCAGUGACAAUCCCUUAUGCAACAGGCUUGUCAUCACCAUGGCUGCGGUGGAUCGAUUCUCCCUCUUGUACAGAGAAAUAAGUUACUCCUGCAGUUUCUACGUAGAAGGCCURGCUAUUGUGGGAGCUUGGUACACACUCACAAAGUGUGUGUCUCUGGCGUUGGACACUUACAGUGCGCUCAGGCUGUACGUUAUUCCAAGGCUGACUGGGGAGGUUGAUCUUGUCAAGAAGUAUGGARGAUGGGCUGUGGUCACUGGUGGCACAGAUGGCAUUGGGAAGGCUUAUGCUGAAGAACUGGCAAAGCGUGGUGUCAACAUCAUCUUAAUCAGCCGAAACAAAGAGAAGCUGGAGGCUGUAUCCAGGAGCAUAUCUGAAACCUAUAAAGUGGAAACAGAUUUAAUAGUAGCUGAUUUCAGCAAGGGUCGUGAGCUUUACCCAGCCAUUAAGGAGGCUCUGAAAGACARAGAAAUUGGUAUUUUGGUGAAUAAUGUAGGAAUGUUUUAUGACCACACAGACUAUUUUACUAAUCUGUCCGAGGAUAAGCUAUGGGACUUGAUCCAUGUAAAUAUUGCUUCCACUACCAUGAUGACGCAUAUCGUGCUGCCAGGCAUGGUAAAGAAGAAGAAAGGGGCAAUUGUGAACCUCGCUUCGUCAGUCUGUUAUCAGCCAUCACCGAUGUUGACAGUCUAUGGAGCCUCUAAAAGCUACAUGGACUAUUUCAGUAGAUCGYUACAUUAUGAAUAUGCCUCUAAAGGAAUUUUUAUUCAGAGUCUAGUGCCAUUUGUAACUAGAACAAAUYUGAUAGCAUUCAGUGACACUAUAAAAAAGAGAUCUAUCAUUCUUCCUACUGCUGAAGAAUAUGCAAGUCAAGCUGUUUCUACUCUUGGUUUAUCCAUAAGGACCACUGGUCACUGGAAGCAUGCAAUACAGCUCACACUGGCUAACUGCCUGCCUGAAUGGAUAUGGGCAUGGUUUUCACUGAAUAUGAGCAGAGCUCUACGCAAGCAAGCUUUGAGAGCCAAAGCGAAAUAGGAGUAGCUUGUUGUCCCACGUGAUGGUUCUGAUCAGUGCUCCAGAAAUGCGUAAUGAACCUUGGAGAACUUACUGUAACUUAUCCAUACCUUGUUAAACAAGCUACCUUACCUCGACAGCCAAAGUGUGGAUCCUCUCUAUAUCCUUGUAUUAAAUAGCUCCUGUGCUGCUUUCCUUUAUGACAAAA